ACUUUAGUGUUAUUCUCACUACGACUACUGUUCAUUCCUUUGGUGAAUUGUGUUAAGCACCUGCUGCAUGCUGGGCACUGUUCUAGACACCAGGGAUUCAGCCGCAAAGCAAACUCCACGCCCUCCUAGAGCCGAUAAGCUGGUGGGGGAGACCCUAGGGAAAGGCAUAAACAAAAUAUUGUUAGAUUGGGCUAAAGGCUGUGAAGGAAACCAACAGGAAGAGGGAGACACGCCUGGGGAAGACACAUUUGAUUCGGCCUUUCUGGAGAGGUGACAUUUGAGCUGAGCCCAGGAGGAUGAGAAGGGCCAGGGUGUGAUGAAUGGGGGUGGAACGUGUGAAAUAGGCAGACGGGGGAGCAAGCACAACAGCCUGAAGAGGGCCAGGCUUAGUGGGUGCAUGCAACAGAAAAGAGAUGGGAGCAGGGUGCAAGGAGGGUGUUAGGAGGUGGGGGGGCGCCCGGGGCCCAGGACGGAGGGGAGGGCUCUGCUUUACCGGGCCCAGGCACAUGGCGUUCGGUUUUUCUCAGGUGAAUGGAGUUUUGGGAAAGCUUCCAGUGGGGAGGGUGAUGACUCUAAGUCUAAAGGAGAUGCUUCUGAGCAGAGUGGGGACGGGGCCUGACGUAAGAUCCCUCUGGCUGUGUGCGCGGGAACGGAAAUGCCUGUGAGGUAGAGGCAGAAGUAGCUCAUGGAUUGGACAUAGCAGAUGGGGGCUCAUGAGGACCUGACAGGGAUGCGCCCCCUUCCCGCUUCAGCACUUUGUGGAUGGGGGUGCUGCUGUCUGAGAUGGGGAGGGCUGGGGUGAGCAGCUGUUAAAUUCUCGUUAUUAUUAAAGGGAGCAAGAUGGAGGCAGGGGCGCCUGUCACUUGGCCCUCCCUUUAUCCAGAGAUCAUCGACGAGUACAUCAAGGAGAAUGGCUUCGGCCUGGAGGGGGCGCAGUCGGGCCCGGGCGAGGGGCUGCCGCGCCUGGUGUCUCGCGGGGCCGCCUCCCUGAGCACCGUCACCCUGGGCCCCGCGGCGCCCGCGGCGCCGGCCACGCCGCCGCCCUGGGGCUGCCCCCUGGGCCGGCUGGUGCCCCCGGCCCCGGACCCCGGGCCGCGGCCGCACCUGAUCAUCACCGAGCAGCCCAAGCAGCGCGGCAUGCGCUUCCGCUACGAGUGCGAGGGCCGCUCGGCCGGCAGCAUCCUGGGGGAGAGCAGCACCGAGGCGAGCAAGACGCUGCCCGCCAUCGAGCUCCGGGACUGUGGAGGGCUGCGGGAGGUGGAGGUGACCGCCUGCCUGGUGUGGAAGGACUGGCCUCACCGAGUCCACCCCCACAGCCUCGUGGGGAAGGACUGCACCGAUGGCGUCUGCAGGGUGCGGCUGCGGCCUCAUGUCAGCCCUCGACACAGCUUUAACAACCUGGGUAUCCAGUGUGUGAGGAAGAAGGAGAUCGAGGCUGCAAUUGAGCGGAAGAUUCAGCUGGGUAUUGACCCCUACAAUGCUGGAUCCCUGAAGAACCAUCAGGAGGUGGACAUGAAUGUCGUGAGGAUCUGUUUCCAGGCCUCAUACAGAGACCAGCAGGGACAGAUGCGCCGGAUGGACCCUGUGCUCUCUGAGCCCGUUUAUGACAAGAAGUCCACAAACACAUCAGAACUGCGGAUUUGCCGAAUCAACAAGGAGAGUGGGCCAUGCACGGGUGGCGAGGAGCUCUACCUGCUGUGUGACAAGGUGCAGAAAGAGGAUAUAUCCGUGGUGUUCAGCAGAGCCUCCUGGGAAGGCCGGGCUGACUUUUCCCAGGCCGACGUGCACCGCCAGAUUGCUAUCGUGUUCAAGACACCACCCUACGAGGACCUGGAGAUCAUUGAGCCAGUGACAGUGAACGUCUUCCUGCAGCGUCUUACUGAUGGAGUCUGCAGCGAGCCUUUGCCCUUCACGUACCUGCCUCGGGACCAUGACAGCUACGGCGUGGACAAGAAGCGGAAACGGGGGAUACCCGGUGUCCUUGGGGAGCUGAAUAGCUCUGACCCCCAUGGCAUCGAGAGCAAACGGCGGAGGAAGAAGCCAGCCUUCCUGGACCACUUCCUGCCCAGCCACAGCUCAGCAGGCCCUUUCCUCCCCCCGUCAGCCCUGCUGCCAGACACAGACUUCUUCCCUGGCACCGUGACCCUCCCUGGCCUGGAGCCCCCAGGCGGGCAGGAUCUUCUGGAGGAUAGCUUUGCCUACGAUGACGCCACAGCCCCCACGCUCUUCACCAUGCUGGACAUGCUGGCCCCGGCGCCACCACUCGCCAGCGCUGUCGCAGGCAACGGGGGUGUAGGGGCCUCAGCUGGGGAACCUCCCGGCCCCGAGCCGCUGACGCUGGACUCAUACCAGGCCCCGGGCCCCGGGGACGGGGGCACUGCCAGCCUUGUGGGCAGCAACAUGUUUCCCAAUCAGUACCGCGAGGUGGGUUUUGGGGGUGGCCUUCUGUCUCCAGGGCCUGAGGCCACGUAGCCCCCGCGGCGCUGGGUGAGGAGGGAGGUGAGGAGCGGAGCAAACUCAUCCAAGAUGUCCAGCACUCCCAUCGCCUUGGGCCGCCCUUGGUGAGUCGUCCGACCUCCUGAUCCUUCUGAAUCGGACAUCUUCAGCGCUGGCGAAAAGCUCCGUGGCCCCGCUUUCCCCUGAGCCCAUUUUACAAAUGAGAAAACUGUCUGGGGAGGAAAAGGGGCGUGGCCUCUGCGCCGGCUUGUCCCAGCUGCCUCGGCUCCGCGAACGGGGGGCACCUCCAUGCAGAUUCUGAGGAAUGUACAUAUGGGAAGAGGGUGCACAUCCCCAGCCCUCCUUUCCCAGGCUUGAAGGUGGGGGUAAGUUGUUCAGUCUUCCCAAUAAAGAUUAAUUUUUGAGCGUU